GUCAUAGUAUUUUUCCGGUUUUCAUAUGUUUAUUGCAAAGUUGCGUUAGAAUCAUUAAUUUGCAUGUUUGUGUUUCAUUAAUUAAUCAUUGUUUUGACUCAUAAGCAUGUACUCAAGAAGCCUCAAACAUACUCUUCAACUUAUUCAUUCGGGUUUCGAGAUUUUUGGACGAAUCAAAAAAAAAAUAUUUCCCGCUAUUUUUUGACAGCACUUUUGUUUUGACGUUUGAUAGCGGCUGGUGGGCUGUUGUUCUGCUGUUGUGUGAACGAAAUUUUCAAUAAAAUCUAGGUUUUCGUAUUAAAUCAGCAAUGUGAAAGCUCAUAAAAUAAGUCUUUCAACUCUGUUGAGACUAAAUGUGGGAUUAAUUUGUGUUUGCAUAUAAUUUUUCUUUUUAAAAUGGCCAAGAAAGCUAGUGUAGAUAAGAAACUGUUAGCUAAAUUGGUGACAGAAACUGCAGAUAGAAAGCCGUGUGCCUUUUGCCAGCGAGAAAUUGAUGACGAGAUCACAUACGGAAAGUUGUAUUCAAUUGGGAACAUUCAGUGUCACUACUUUUGUGUGUUGCUGUCGUGUUGCUUGAUUCAGAAAGGGAAAGAUGAACAAGGUCUCUUCGGUUUCCUGUAUCCAGACAUCUUGGCUGAGGUUGAAAGGAGCAAGAAGCACCGAUGUUCGUAUUGCGGCCGCGGCGGCGCCACGCUCGGCUGCUGCGUGAGCCAGUGUCGCAAACAGUUCCACCUGCCGUGUGGUCGCGAGAGGAAUGCUGUGUCGCUGUUCUUUGGGAACUUCAAGUCGUAUUGUGCGGUCCACGCGCCCAAACAAAAGAUCGCUGAUGAUGUGAUGGCCAAAGCGAGGGUUCGAAUGAGAGCAGACAAAAACAAAUCCAAAGGCCUCGUCACUAAGGUCGAAAAUUUGGAACCAGAGGAAUCGCUUGAAGACCUCGGCACAAUCUCAAUGAAGACCUUAAUCGAGUCUCUCAACAGGCAGGCCUUUGGAUGA